AGCUCGGCCUCAGUCGCUGGCGGGAGCUUGAAAAUGUGAAAUCGCGCUCAGGGAUUCGGACGGUGGAAUUGCCAUAUCAAACGGGAAUUGGCAAAAACAUCCGCCCCAACCAUACAUAUCUGUGAUUAUAUAGUGGCCAUCUAACUCGAACUGAUAGUCCCUGUAACAAGCAAAAAACAAAGAAAACUGCCGUAUAAAGUGCACAAAACCCAGAACAGCUAAUCAGUCUGAUUAAGGUAACAUGAAAUCCACCAUUUCUUUGCUGCUGGUCGUCAUCUGCACCGUGGUCCUGGCCGCGCAACAGAGCCAAGCGAAAAAGGGAUGCCAGGCCUACGGUCAUGUGUGCUACGGUGGUCAUGGCAAGCGCUCCCUGAGCACCGGAUCCGGGUCCGGAACGGGAGUGGGCGUGGUGGGAAUGGGCGAGACAGCCUCCGGAGGGCAGGAACAGGACUUCGUGCGUCCAAAUGGCCUGCUGCCCAUGAUGGCGCCGAAUGAACAGGGUGCGGUGGCGCCCGAGGCCGACUUUAAUGACUAUCCCGCCCGUCAGGUGCUCUACAAAAUCAUGAGAUCAUGGUUUAAUCGACCACGACGACCGGCUGCUCGCCUAGGUGAACUGGAUUAUCCUUUGGCCAAUUCCGCCGAAAUGAAUACAUUAAACUAAGGCGUGCUGAAAUAUAUCCACACACAUAUCCACAAACCACAGCGAAAAUAACAACAACAAGAACAAACCUCAAGAAGGAGAGCAACAAGAGCACCAUCAACAGCAACAACAACAACAACACAUGAAUUACUUAUGAAUGUUAAUUACUUUCGCAACUUGUAUAAAAUGUUUGAUAAAUGUCUACACAUACCGAACAGUCAAUUUUCAAGCUAAUUGCAUAAACAUCCAACACAAGAAAAAAAAACCAACUGAAAUUUUUAGGGGCUGGUAAGGAUUUCAGUGUCAAAAAAAAAUAAAGAAGGAGCGGACGACGAAGAAUAAAUCGAAGAAAACGGCAAA